AUGGAUGUGCGUUUGCCCGUCCUCUUACCGUUUGGUCUCAAUAGAGAAUUGCAAUCCUUGUUCGCAGAAAAAUAUGGUGUAAGAAAACAGCACGAGCCAUUACAUUUCCAUGUCCUGUCUUUACGCGAAAUAUCAGCGUUGCAACGUUCACGCGCCCGCAAGUUGACUUUUCAAGCGCCAUCUAUCGCGGACUCUGCUCCAAAGAAACACCAUCGAAUCCGGAAACCCAAGAAGAUCAAAAUGGGUCGAAAAAGCGGCGGAGAAAAGCGCAAUCACUCAGCGACAAUACCUAGACCACCCGUGUCUCUCUCGACAGUCCCCAAGAAUUCUCUGAGAUUGACGCGCGACACAAACAGAAACCUAGAGGCUGACGCGGAUCGACGCUUGGGAGCCUCUCGCGAAAUCCCAAUUAUACUUGACGGCGAUUCAGCCAAGUCAGUGACAUCAGGCAAAUCGAACCCUAGGAUGCAUGGCGCAAGAGGGUCUCCUGAACUCAUCUUGCGCGAUAUCUCACCUAUGAUGGCAGAUAUUCCGUUUAUAAAGUCGCCUGGUGAUCGCUACGGAGCCACGAGUAGUGAGGAGAAAGACAUGACAUUGGUAGACAUAGACGACUUCGAGAUGAGAAAAAAGGUCGCGCAGUUGAUGGCCGUGGCGCCGGCACUACCCGUCAGAGAUCUAUAUCAUCUUAUCAUCGAUAGUGAGGGCCGUCUUUCCAAAGCCCGGAAAAAGGCCAUCCGGAUGAGCGAGGCACCAGCUAUACUGCGCACGACCACACAACUCUCCUUACAACCACGAACACUUACCAAUAACUCAGAUACAGAAGGUUUCAUAGUCAAUAUCAGCGACUCGGAUACACCAAAAGCAACGGUUAAGAUAGAGCCGAGUGACCCCGUCUUCAAGUGGGAUGAAGAUGAACCAGCACCAGAGCCACCACCGAUGGUAAAGCCUCGCCGGUCAAAGUCAACCGCUAAGAAUAAACAAACAAAAAGUGCACACUCACAUCAUUCCGCAAAAGAACUAAAACGCAAGAAUUUAGCCACUCAGACACCGUCAUCUCAAAGUAAAAAUCAUGCAAAAGUAUCACAUUCCAAACGCGCAACCAUACGACAGACCAGCAGUGACCGCGACUUCGUAGUAGCUGAUGACGUGAUGCAUUAUGUUUCGGACUUUAACGACUCUGACGACUUUAUUCUUUCGCGCAAUGUUAUUAUACCCAGCAGGACCCGGAGACGGAGACCCAGGUUGAGUAUGAUUUGA